CCCCUAAUUAAUAGCCACCGGCACAAUGCUUCCUUGAAACUGUGAUAUCCAACAUAUCCCCGCAGUCUCAUUUACUUGCAGCGAGCAAGUUGUUCCAUUCUCCGAUUUUCCGAGUUGUGACCCGGCUGUGACUCGCCUAAUCCUUAAUUUCUAAGAUCCUGUUCAGAAAAUGGCAGAAGGAGAUGAGAACUUGCCAAGAGACGCGAAGAUUGUCAAAUCGCUGCUGAAAUCUAUGGGUGUGGAGGACUAUGAACCUCGUGUUAUACAUCAGUUUCUUGAGCUAUGGUAUCGUUAUGUCGUUGAUGUUUUGACAGAUGCUCAGGUCUACUCAGAGCAUGCUGGAAAAUCUGCAAUUGACUGUGAUGAUGUGAAGCUUGCUAUUCAGUCAAAAGUAAAUUUCAGCUUUUCACAACCACCACCAAGAGAGGUUUUACUAGAAUUGGCUAGAAACCGGAACAAAAUUCCAUUACCAAAGUCAAUAGCUGGACCGGGUAUGCCACUCCCACCUGAGCAAGAUACAUUGAUUAGCCCAAACUACCAACUUGCUAUCCCAAAGAAGCAGUCAGUUCAGGCAACAGAAGAAACAGAAGAGGAUGAAGAAAGUGCUGAUCCCAACUCAUCUCAAGAACCAAAGACUGAUGUCCCACAGGGUACUCCUCAAAGAGUAUCCUUUCCCCUCACUAAACGUCCCAAGUGAGAAUCUCAUGUCGUUGCAGUUAGGAUGCUUGAAAACGCCAUGGACCCAUAUUGAGAGUGAUGUCCUGCAUUUGUAUUUAGAAGAAUUGAAAGGUGUACCAAAAACAGGAAUAGACAAGGAAGAAAAUAUAGAAUAUUCAAUUUCUUUUACGCUCAACAAUCAAUGUGUAUUAAUCUUUUAUGAAACUGUUAAUCAAACGCAGUGUUGUUUCAGGGAUAUACACAAAUAUUCUAGUCUUCUGUC